UGCAAAUUCAGUGUAGAAUAAGAAAUCAAGCGGGGUGUUCGCUUUUUUGGAACUCUUAGAAAACAUUAAAAGAAAAUGUUGAAAAUAGUUAAAGCUGUUAUAGUCUUCGCAACUUUGCAAGACAUAGUUUUGGCAAGAGUUGCACCUGACUUCAUAAAAGCGUGCCCUGCUAUAACCCCAGCAUGCCUGAAGAAGAACAUCCAAGACACGCUCCCAGCAUUCAUCAAGGGAGUCCCGUCUCUCAACAUCGAGCCUACGGACCCCCUGCAGCUGAUGGUGAAAGACUUCGAGCCUCAAGCCGGGAUUAAACUAUCUUUGGAUGGACGCAUGACUGGGAUUAAGACUUGCAUUGUCGAUUCGGCUAAGUAUGAAAAGAACAUUUUGGACAUCGAUCUACACUGCAACAUAACCAUCAAGGGGAAAUACCAGGCCAGUGGACGGAUACUCAUCGUCUCUAUCAACGGUGAUGGAGAUGCCAAGAUCAAAGGAAACAACAUAAUCGUGAAUGCACGUCUGAAGUUCGAAGACCAAGUGCGCAACGGCAUAACAUACCACGUACUGAAAGACACGGCGGUGAAGCAUCGCUUCGGAGACCGCGUCCACUUCGCGCUCACAAACCUGUUCAAGGGCAACCCGGAAAUCAGUAAUGCAGUGCUGACAUUCCUGAACGAAAACUGGAAGGAAGUGGCUCACGAGCUGGGAACCCCCGUCGUGAACCUCGCAGUCAAGCGCGUCCUCGACAUCGUCAAGAAACUGUUCACCAGCGUGCCCAAGUCUGAGUUGUUCCCUUAAGAUCUAACGCAAUAAAUUAUACUCUAGCCAUACUA